AAAGAGUCCGUCGCUCUUCAAAUCACCUCUGGUUACCGGGUGACUCCUCCUCUCUACUUGUACUCAUAGUCUCUUGGAUCCUCAGUACUCAUUUACUCUACCCAGCACCCACGCACACCCAUCAUCAUACUAGUCCCAGGCCAACGGGGUUCCCAUUCACACACACUGGACCCCCAAACAGCCGGGAAUCAGACAUAGGACAUGUAUUAUGCAACAAUCAACACACAGCUUGAACAUUGAUGAUGCGACCCAGCAGAAUGGGAGGUUCUCCACAAUUGAGUCGGUUGCAUGCGGCACAUGGGAGGAAUGGGAUCGAUUUCUCAACCUUGAGAUGGACGAUAACACGUGUGAACUCACAUCAUUCGAUGACGAGGAGAUCAAUCACAACAGAGACUCAACGUCACAUGGGGACGGAAGCUCAAUCGCGUUGGCCUCCUCCAUCAAUCCAGCCCACGCCUGCCCUAUCACUAACUUCGAAGGAGCAAUCCCUGAGCUACACUAUAGCUUCACUCAUGUUGAACCCACCGUAGCACAGCAACUGACCGGUGGUGUGGACGCGGGCUUCCAUAUAUCAAACUCCCUCCUGUCAAACCACGCCAUCCCAGAAAUAGACAGCGAACUGUGGCCGGCGUCGAGCCUCGAACGAUUAGCUAGCUUUGACUCUCAGUACCAUCCCGAUAGCCUACCGGCUACUUCACUCCAUGGCUCUCAUGAUACUCAGGCAGCGCUACCCGCGUUGGAUAGUGGCUUUGGCAGCGCCUCGCUCUUAGUGCCCGCCGAUACCACGCCACCGAUGUUCAACCCGGACACACAACGCACGCUCCCCAGACGCAAAAGCCGAUAUGCAAUACGAGGCAGAGGAACGAACACCGCCCCAUCCUACAUCCCAAACCCCCAAUUUUCCGCCGACCCUUUACAGCGGUGGCAAGAUUCACCGCCGGAAGAUGAACCAGCCUCGCUGUCAGCGAUCAUGGAAUCCCUGAGAAGAUUCCCGCCAACCUAUGAUCAAGAAAGCAGCCCUGGAAUGGGCACUGCAAGCCUGGGUCCAUUGCAUGAUUCUUUCAAGGCACACCGGCAUCGAACCACGUCGAUACCCAGCUCACAAAGUAGCGCCCGCAGUGUCUCUUCCCAGCCCUCUUCCACCUCGGCCAAAUCGGCAACCUCCCAGAAGUCUCAAGGUCCGAUACGGACUUCCAAAAAGCGUGCUACUGGACGCGUGCGUAAGGGCAGGAGUGCGAAAAUGAAUCCAGGGGAAAAAGGCCGUCUGUUUUGUUGCACCUUUUGUUGCGAUCAAUUCCGAACUAAAUAUGACUGGGCUCGACAUGAAAAGUCUCUCCAUCUGAACCUGGAAGAAUGGGUCUGUGCACCCCAAGGCGGGACGGUAGUUUCGCCUUCUACUGGGGGAAGGCAUUGCUCGUUUUGCAACAUGCCAGACCCGACAGCGGAACACCUCAACGAACACAAGUAUGAGCCUUGCAUGGGUGGUACGCGCACUUUCCGUCGCAAGGACCAUCUGGUGCAACAUCUGCGACGGACGCAUCAUCUUGAGACCCUACCCCAGGUCGAUGAUUGGAAAGUCCAAGGGCCUCCAGUUACGUCUCGCUGCGGUUUCUGUGACCAGAGGCUGUCGUCCUGGGAAGAGCGAGUCGAUCAUCUCGGCAAUCACUUCCGCAGUGGAUCGACGAUGGACGACUGGCGAGGGGACCAUGACUUUCCUCCGGCCAUUGCCAAACUUGUGGUGAACUCGCUGCCACCGUAUCACAUUGCUUCGGAUUCGCGUGUACUUGUGCCGUUCUCAGCCACAAACUUCCACCACUACGACCAUCUCAACCAGAUAAAAUCACGACUGGGGACGAGCAAGUUGAAUGCCCCUGACCAUGAACUGAAUGCCGACGGCCAGCUAGGGUCUUUCGGAGAAUCAGUCAGUGCUGGGUCGGGGAACGAUAUGAUUGAGGUCCUUGUGUUUCACCUGAGUCGCUUUGCGCGCCAGCAGAUGGACAAGGGAAUCAUUCCUACGGACGAAAUGCUGCAGCAGGAGUCGAGGCGACUGGUUUACGACAGCGAGGAUUCAUGGAAUCAGACCAUCUUUGACAAUCCCAAGUGGAUUGCUGCCUUCCGACGCCAACAUAUUGAUCAAGUGGCAGAUUCUGAGAGGGAUGGGAUGCUGCAUCAUUUGGAUGGGGUUUCCCUUCAUGACGAUGAUCACGGACCAAAAUUAGAUAAUGCAUGAUGACAGAGCUCAACAAGACUAACGGCAAUUAUGUACACAAUGGCGCACCUAGUGCGAAAACUGUGGCCACAGCGAGGCAAAGAGAAGCUUUACUCUACCCUAAGCACAGACUGGCUACGAUGUACCCUCAUUGUUAUUCCGCUCGUCGCUGCGCCACUUGCGUGGCGUUUCAAUCGAAUCCACCAUUGAGAUUAUCUUCAAUGGGAUGUCAAUCUGAACGGUUGAUAUAAUCCCGGCUCAUGAGACAAGAAGCAAACGAGGGGACAAGAACUUUGUCCCUAGGAAGGGUGAUUGGAACGACAACCGAGGCCUCGUAACAAUCACCGGCACAGCCAAGCCCAUU